AUGGAUCUUGGCAAUAACUGUCAAGUAGAAGAGAGCACGACUUCCUUCUUCUUUGCACACCUUGAUACUGGCACGAUGAAGCUUGCUAACCUAACAACGUUUGCUACUACGGCCUGGGCUCUAUCACAUAGCUCAGGUACCAAGCGUCAAACGUCGACGGUAACGGUUGACCUUGUGAAGACAUACCAAACCAUGGAUGGGUUCGGCAUGAGCGAGACCUUUCAACGUGCUAAUCAAAUGAAAGCUCUCUCGGAGCCACUACAAAAGUACGCACUCGACCUUUUGUUCAAUCGUACAUCUGGUGCCGGAUUCUCGAUACUCAGGAAUGGCAUCGGCUCGUCUCCAGACUCAACCAGCGAUCACAUGGUCAGCAUCCAACCAAAGUCGCCAGGAAGUCCAAGCGCUCCGCCCAAAUAUGUCUGGGAUGGCAGAGACAAUUCGCAGGUCUGGCUGACUACUGAGGCGGUCAAGACAUAUGGCGUCACAACCGUGUAUGCAAAUGCCUGGUCAGCGCCCGGCUACAUGAAGACAAACAACAACGAUGCGAAUGGCGGAUCACUUUGUGGGCUCUCUGGCGCAAAUUGUGCAAGUGGCGACUGGAAGGAAGCAUACGCGAACUACCUCGUCCAAUAUAUAUCCUAUUACAACGAUCUUGGUUUGGACAUUACUCAUCUCGGAUUUCUGAAUGAGCCGGACCUAACUACAAGUUACGCAAGUAUGCGAAGUAAUGGGCAGCAGGCAGCAGAUUUCAUCAAAGUCUUGAGACCAACGCUCGACAAGUCUAACCUCACUCAUGUCAAGAUUACCUGCUGUGAUGCGGAAGGUUGGAGCAGUCAACAAGGUAUGAUGAGCGGGUUGAGCAGUGUCAGCAGUAUGCUUGGCACAGUCACAGCACAUUCCUACACCUCUCAACCGGGUAGCCCCAUCAAUACCCCUCACCGCGUUUGGCAAACUGAAAAUGCCGAUCUCCAAGGACCAUGGGCAACAGCAUUCUAUUCAAACGGGGGAGCAGGAGAAGGCCUUGUCUGGGCUAACAAGAUUUUCGAUGCCGUGACCAAAUCCAACGCCUCUGCUUACCUCUACUGGAUCGGCGUGCAAGGCGGUGCCACAAACUCCAAGUUAAUACGCAUCUCAGACGACAAGAAGCAAGUCAUUCCUAGUAAACGUCUCUGGGCCUUUGCGAAUUGGAGCCGCCACGUUCGUCCCGGUGCUGUCAGGGUUGCCACGAGUGGUGGACCAUCUGGCGCCAAAGUGAGCGCCUUUAAGAAUCGUGAUGGCAAGGUUGCUGUUCAGAUUAUUCAGGGUGGGACGACAUCAGCGGCUGUGUCGGUGAACAUUAAUGGCUUCACCAUUGAUUCGGUGGAUGUGUGGAUCACAGACAAUAACCACGAUUGCGAUGAGCAUGCUGCUGUGCUUACCGAAGAUAAGACAAGCGUGAAUGCUCAAGUACCAGGGAGAAGCAUGGCCACUUUUGUACUGCAGCCUGUUUCAGGGACUCAGACUACUUUUGAUCAUCACCGUAAAAGGAGAGCCAUCCAAAAGGCACUAGCUGCUAUCCAGUCUUGGUCUUGCUUUCCGAGUCGUUCUCGCUUUAACUGGCCGAUUGAUUUUUCAACUGACAGGGAAAUACUAGCACGAGAUAUAUAUCAUCUUACCGGCGCCUACACGACAUGGAAUCAUCAGGCAAAGCACAUUGCAGGUGAGCUUGGUUGUACCUAUUGGUCCGUGCGCAGGCAACACUGUCCUGAGUCGUAUAUAAGGCCUACUGCUGCCCUCCAGCAAUUGAAAAAGUUGAUCCUUCCUUCAAUCAGUAACACAAAAUACACUUCCACCUUGAUUUUCGCUUUGGUGCGCAGCUAUAGUAACUUCAUCCUCAUAUCAUCACUUCACGCCUGUCAACAUAUUGCCAACAUCAUGACUGCUUCCUCUGGCAGUGUAUUUUCCGAGACGUUGCAGACCAUCACCACUACUAAGCUAGAGGAGCUUAAGAAGCAGCGUAUUGCCUUCGAGGAGGAGUACGCUGCGCUUUUGGCAGCAGCUGAUGCCGAGAAAGAUCUACUCAAAUGCGUGCACCUACUCGUGGACGGAACAAAGUCUUGUCUUGGCCUGAAAACAGAGAAACGUCAAGAAAAGACAGGUCGUCUCGGGCGCGUACUAAUUGGUGGAACACGUAAUAUACGUCUUGAGACGGAUAUUCAAAAUCUCGACCGCUUUCUCGAACAGGCGCGAUUCGACCCCUCGGUCUCUUCUAAAAUCCUGCUGGACUGGGAGCAGACUUUAUUGCAGUAUCUUCAAGUCCAGUCCUCGAAAUUCACCUACGCGGAUCUUUACGGAAAGCUUGUAACUGAGUGGCUCUCUUCUGAUAAGGCCACAAAGAUGAGUGAUGGGGAUGUGGAAAUGGGCGAGAGCUUUGAGGAACUACCCGGCGCUAGGCGGUUGGCUUCUCGCAACGAGUGGGAGAAAACUGUCUUCGAAGCUGCCACAGUGGAUGUCUCGGCAUUCAAGAAUUAUCUUGAAAAUGUCUUCAUCGCAGAAAACAAGGACGGCGCCGCAGCAAUCCAAGAUUUGCGCAAGAAGAUCGAAGAAUUCGAGAGCAGCCUUGCCACGCCAUCACAAUUCACAGUUUAUAACCUUCGUUCGACUAUAUCGGGACUUCAAAAUUCGGACCUACUUUCCAACGAGAAGCGAGAAGCCCUCAAGGACUUCUUGAGUAAUGAUGUCAUUCUAGCAGAAAUAGCUGAUAUCCUGAACGUACGGAUGGUCGCUCUCGACCGGUGGACAUGGGGAGAAUACGUUUCACUUGAGCAGCGAAGGAAGCUUAACGGAGACUUCUCCAUUCAUUUCGAUCCGGAUCUUCUCCAGGCAAUAUUUCUGCACUACAUUGGUAAUAAAUGGUCUGUCUUCUUCAAGUCAAGUUUCUUAGCUAUCCACGAUCAUAGUGCUUGGAGGAGCUCGCACACUACUAUCCCAAAGAUCGAUCGCCUGCGACGCGAGUAUUUCCUUGGAGAGAAAGGUACGGCGACUGAUAACAACCUUGAGAAUACACGGAUCAAGACCCAUCGUAACCAUUAUUUUGCGCAUCAAUUGCUUGACCACGAGAAUCAGCAAAUUGAGAUGCAAGAAGGCGAAGAGGAGGCUGAGUAUGGUGACUAUACUGCUAAUACCCAGAAGCGGGUCAGGCUGCAUAGCAUGCCUCCUCGAGCCCGCAUGCAAUUGGCGUCUUUGGGGGCUCCUAUGGCUAUGCAAGCACCACAGUCAUCUUCGCAAUCAAGACAAACAGCAAGGAUGAGUACUGGUGGAAAGGCUCCGCGAAUGCAAUUGGCAUCCAAAGCAUGUCGACGAACUGCUCAGCCUGAGAGAGAUAGCGCCGACGACGGCGAAGAUGACGAAGAUGAAGACGAUGAAGGCCGGAUACAUCAGCAGUUUAAGCGACCCAUGGAGGCUAAGCAGGAUCUCCUUCAUUUGGUGGCAACAGAAAUCAUCAUCAACAAGCGACUACAUGGCGAGCUCACUUGUUUCCGAACAGUCUUUCAUUCAUGGAACCCUGUACUUCCCCACGACACCAUUCGUACCGUCCUCGACUUCUUUGGGGUCUCGGAAAAAUGGCAGAAGUUCUUUGUCAAAUUCCUUCAGGCACCACUCAAAUUUGCUGAUGAUCAGUCUCCACCACGUCUGAGACGUCGUGGUGCACCGGGAUCACACUCCUUGAGUGACGUACUUGGCGAAGUUGUGAUGUUCUCCUUGGACUACAAGAUUAACCAAGCCACUGAUGGAGGCUUGCUUCAUCGCCUCUACGACGACCUUUGGUUUUGGAGCAGAGACUACGAGAAGUGCAUGAAGGCUUGGGCAAGCAUAGAGGAGUUUGCGAACCUUGCUGGAGUUGAACUGGAUGGUAAGAAGACUGGUAGUGUACGAAUUUCUCAGGAUCCCGACGUCAAAGUUGACAGUAGACUGCCUGAAGGGGAGAUUAGAUGGGGCUUCUUAUAUCUGGACGAAAAUGGUCGGUUCGAAAUCGACAAGAAAAUGGUUAACGGACACAUUGAGGAACUUAGUAAACAGCUGGAAGGGAAGUCAAAGAGUGUCAUUGACUAUAUUCAAGCCUGGAACUCCUAUGCUGCUACAUUCUUCAGCUCCAACUUUGGCAAAGCAUCGACCUGUUUUGGCCGGGAGCAUGUUGAUAAGAUGCUCGCCACACACCGCCACAUUCAGGAAUCCAUCUUCCCAGGCGGGAGCGUGGUGCAACAGAUCAAGAAGAUGAUCCAGGAGCGUUUCUCAAUCGAAUCCAUUCCCGAAGGUUUUCUGUUUUUUCCCGUCGAGCUUGGGGGACUGGAUCUAAAAUCUCCCUUUGUCGAUCUCCUCCAAGUACGCGAUUCAAUCAAGGAGAAUCCUUACGACUUACUCGAUGAGUUUGAGGGAAAAGAGCGCAAAGAUUACGAUGCUGCCCGUAAAGCAUUUGAAAGGGGUGACCUGGGUAGCCUGCGUUACUACAUGGACGAUCCACACUGGAAGCCCGAGGAUGGCGAUGAGUUCUUCACUUUUGAUGAGUUUGUCAAGUACCGCGAUGAGUUCCGAGCUUAUGGCAAGGGAAACUUGCGCAAGACCUUCACCCAGCUACUCGAGUGUCCCACGGAGAAGCCAAUCGUUUUCAGUGUACAGAUUCAGCAAGCUCUAGCUCAGCUGCAAGGUCAGAGCAAUUUACGCGGAAUCACGUCAUCUUGGCAUACAAUGGAAGCCUACUGGAAAUGGAUCGCACAGAUGUACGGCCCUGAGAUGAUAGAGAGGUUUGGCGGUUUGAAUGUUGUUGACUUUGGACUGCUGCCUAUUGGUAUGGUGUCUAUGUUUCGACAGAGGAGGACCAAGUGGCAGGGUUGA